GUUUGGUGGGCCGGAGGUGGAAUGGGGAGAGUAAGGAUAGGAGGAGUGACCCCUUUUCAGCGGUAGGCCUCGCCAAGGUAAAGCCAGCUCGGAAGGAGGGGAGCCGUCCUAUGUGAGACCUUAUUUUUGGACGUGGGUCUGGCCUAGAUGAGAAGCCCCCUCCCCCCUUUAAUUUAAAGGCUCGGGAGAAGGACAAAAAGGGCCUCCAUUCCCUGAACCUCGCGAAAGGGUCUGGGGGAGGAAAAACUGGACAUCGCGUGUCCAUCUGAGAGCUUCCCUAGUACACAAUGAAGAGCGCCCGUGGCAGCACUUCUUCCUUUCAGGGAAGCAGUGCCAAUGGUGUAGACCUCAUUCUUACAGGACUACCUAUACAAGUACUUCAGCGCCCUAGCAGUGCCUCCCCAGGCAAACACAUUGCUCGUUCCAUUUCCGUCAUUACUGAAAACAAACCUAAGAGGAAUAUCCUGGAAGAUGCAGGGCUGGCUGCCUCUAGAGCUAUGAACAAUUUACGAAGAUCCAACAGUACAACUCAGGUUAAUCAGCAAACGAAUGAUGCCUUCAUCAGUGCAGAGCAGCAUGAAGACUUCCUGACUUUGUUUAAUAGCAGCUCAAGUGGAAGAAAGAAACUAGCAAGUCUAAGCAAAGAUUCCACAGAAAAGAAAACUACCUGGAACAUCCUGGAUGAGCAGCCCAGGGUUUUUCCUGCCCCGCCCAGCACUCGGGAGGCUUCUGGAAGCAUGAGAAAGAAAGAAAUCUGUGUACCACUUGCAGCUAACUUCACUGCCAAUAAUAGGAGUAACAAAGGUGCCAUGGGCAACUGUGUCACCACUAUGGUGCAUAACAAUUACUCUACUACAGACAAGAUACCUGUACCAAAGAGUUCCAAUCAAGCUACAACUUCGCUCAACAACAUCAUCAAAGCUACCUCUAAUGAAGACACAGACAGCAGCAGUUACAUGAAGUCUCAAAAGAAUUUUUCCAGCAGCAACAUCCUGGCUUGGAACAAUAACACUAGUAGUAGCAGUCACCCCAUUAGGAUACAAGAAGUGUCAGAGGAGGAGGCUGAGCGAUUUGUUAACCAAGUCAAUUUGGCUGCUGUGACAAUCCAGCGUUGGUACCGGCGGCACUCUCAGAGGCACAAGGAAGGUGUAGCUCAGCUUGGGCGAUUGUUAGCUUCCAAAAGAGAGGAAAAACAGCAGCAGCUCACAGAUGAGAGCAACAUCUUCGAUUUGCAGCAGAGACGAGAUGAGGAGAGGAGAAAGAUACGAGAGGAGAAAGCUCGCCUUGCCAGAAGAGCAGCCAUCCAGGAGCUGCAACAAAAACGAGCCCAAAAAGCGUUAGACGCUCAACGUUUGGUGGAGGAGGAGCUGGCAGUAAUGAAAGAAGGCAAGAAAGCCAGAAGAAGGAAAACUGAGAAAGCUAGCUCUUUGAAAAAUAGCAGUCCUGCUAAUAGCAUCAUCAAAGCCAACAAUGCAGAUGCCAACUUCCACUUUGUAGGAAUAGAUACAGAAGAAGCUUCUGCCAUGGCAUCUCUCUCUGUCCCAGGACAAAACAAAGUACUGGAAGAACAGCCACAGGAUGUGAGCUCUGGAAAAAUGCCCAGUGAAGAUCUGGAGACUGUAAUCACUGCAGCCAGUAGGCAGUCCAAAGUAACCCUUAAUGAGCUGCUAGACACCCUAAAGCUUUUGGAAGAGGAGCCAGAAGUGCUGCCACAACCAAAGGCUUUCAAGGAAGACAAAUAUGCUUGGAUAGAUGGGGAGAUGGACUCAAAUUCUCUAACCACUGACAACCUAGAGAGGUUUGGAAAACUGAACUGCUCGCCAGGAGUCCCUGAAGAAGGAACAUUAUUGUCAGAAGCAAAACUUCAGAGUAUAAUUAGCUUCUUGGAUGAGAUGGAAAAAUCUGAGCAGGAACGACCCAGAUCCGUUGCCUCAGCUUCACAGCAGGAGGGGCUCUUGCCAGAAGAAGAGCUAGCCCACCUGGAUCAGGCUUCAGCAGUUGCCACAGAGGUCACCAGCUCUCUCCUGCGGCUGAGGUUGGAAGUAGAAGAGAAGAAGAGAGCCAUCACUUUACUACAGACAGCACUGGCUCAGCAGCGGGAGUUAACUGGGCGGCAUGUUAAAGAGACACAGAAAGAGCUGAAUCACCAGCUGGCUGUGCAGAGGGAGCAGUACGAGAAUGCAAUCCAACGGCACCUGGCCUUCAUUGACCAGCUCAUCGAUGACAAGAGAGCUCUGAGUGAGAAAUGUGAAGCAGUGGUGUCUGAAUUGAAGCUUGUGGAUCAGAAAUACAUGAAGAAAAUUGCCCAGAUGCAAGAGCAGCAUGAGUUGGUCUGGCGCACUCUGGGCCCCCUCUGUGAGGAAAUAAAAAAGCUGAAACAGCUGAUGACUGCCACAGAAAAAAUCCGCCGAGAGAAAUGGAUUGAUGAAAAGACCAAGAAGAUCAAAGAGAUCACUGUUAAAGGCCUGGAGCCUGAAAUCCAGAAGCUCAUUGCUAAACACAAGCUAGAGAUCAAAAAGCUGAAAGCACUGCAUGAGGCAGAACUGCUGCAGUCGGAUGAGCGUGCGGCCCAGCGCUACGUACGGCAGACAGAAGAGCUGAGAGAGAUGCUGGAGCAUGAGAAGGAAGAGCAGGGGCAGCGAGAGAGAGAACUGGCAAGGCAGCGGUAUGAGAAGCAGCUGGAGCAGGAGGAGCAGGCUCUGCAGCAACAACGGCGCCGGCUCUACAGUGAAGUGGCUGAGGAGAAGGAGAGACUCAACCAGCAGGCCGCCAGGCAAAGAGCUGAACUGGAGGAUUUGCGAAAGCAAUUGGAAGCGAACAGUUCAAUUGUUACCAAAGCUUUAAAGGAAGAAUAUGAGAAAGGGAAGGAGGAACAGGAGCGACGUCAUCAGGCAGAGGUACAGGCUUUGAAGAUGCAACUGGACAUAGAGAAGCAAGCCUGGGAAGCCAGUUAUCUGAAAAAAGAGGAGGCCUGGCUGCUAACUCGAGAACGGGAGCUAAGAGAAGAAGUGCGGAAAGAAAGGGACAAGGAGAUUGAGCUGGUCAUCCAGAGACUAGAGGCUGACAUGUCUUCUGCCAAGGAUGAAUGUGAGAGGGUUGCAGAGAACAGAAUAAAGAGGAUGCGGGACAAGUAUGAAAUAGAGCUGCAGGAAUUGGAGCGGUCGGAACGUAAGCUGCAAGAGCGCUGCAACGAACUGAAGGGGCAUUUUCUGGAAGCAGAAAGUGAGACCGUUCGUCUCCAAGGUCUCCUACGGCAGAAGGAACAGGAAAUUGAGGACAUCCGAAAGGUGAAGGACCAGUUAGCUCAGGAGCGCAGCAGCCUCUCCGAGGUUAUUCGGCAAGAGUUUGCAGACCGACUUGUAAGCACAGAAGAUGACAACAAACGUCUCAAGACUGAAAUGGCUGAACUUCGUGCCCGCCAGCGCUUGGAAUUGGACAGAGUGAUACGAGACAAAGAGGAGGAGCUGGAAGAAGUGCAUAAAAGAGUGAAGACAGCCAUUGUGAAAAAAGAGGAGGCCGUGAACAGCUUUCGAAAGCAGUAUGAGGCAGCCAUGAAGAGGGCAGAGCAUCUGGAAUCCCUCUUGGAGCAGCAGCGCAAGCAAUUGCUAGCAGCCAAGUAGCGACUGAACCAACCCCAAACCAGUGGCCCUGCAAGGGCAGAGCCAAAUGAUGGUGCAUAAUAGCAAAAGAAGAUUGCUUGCUGCAGUCCAGAAAAUAUGGAGUCAGAACGAACACUAAUAUGUUGGCGGGGUUGGGGUUCAGGUUGUGUUUCUUUUUCUCUGAUCAUUAUUUUUUUAAACUUGUUCUGAGAUCUGCUACCUUGAAGAAAAUAUCUGGAAAAGAUGGUAUUCCAUUUCUUGCCAUUGUAUUUUAACAGUAAAAUACAACUGAUUUGUAAAAUGA